AUGUCUUCAAUAUCUACUACUCGAAGUCAUAGAAGUAUUGUUUUGCAAGCUCUACCGAUAUCGAUUUAUUCUUUUGUAAGUCCAAAACAACCAAAGAAUAUCCAAAACGGAAUAAAACGCCAGAUUUCAUCUUUCGACAGAUUUUUCCUAUUCUUAAAAUAUAACGAUGUGUCACUUUUUGUUCUUGGCUUCAUUCUGUUUAUUUCCUGCUUCCUUAUGUCAGGUUCUGUGUUUUUUAUUAUUCUAAUCUAUUUGAAUUUCAGGUUACGUCGUACCUUUCUCUUUCAUUAUCGGGAACUCGCGAAAGCGUAAGAUGUUUUUUUCUUUGAUACGAUUGGAGUUUAUUUAUAAAUCCAAGCACAGGCCGAAAAAGAAUCUAACUGCGAUCAAAAACAUUCAUGUGAAGGGCUCUGGUAUAAUAAACUGAUUCAUUUUUUUGUUUUGAUAUAAAAAAAUUUUUAAAAAGCGUUGAAAGAAGUUUGGGAAAAUUUUUUUAUAAAAACCGCGAGACCGUUGAUGUGAUAAAAAAACGAGUGAAAUCGAGUUUUUUUGUGUUUAGAAAGUGCUGUGGUCUUUUAAAUGUAUGCAUGCUUUUUCGAAAUUCGCGAGGUUCUGAACACCAAAAAAACUAUCGAAAACCCCAUUAUUAAAAAAAUCUAUCUGUUUUUUUAGCUUCUAGUAAUCGUUCGAAUUCAGGUUUUUUUCGUGUUCAUUUUUUUGCUGAUCCUCAUCUUUGGGCAUUGCUCUACCAAUUCAAUGAUGAAAAACAAUCUUUAUCUUGUUUUUUAACGCUAUAUAUAUAUUUCAAAAACAACGCUAUAUAUAUAUUUCAAAAAUCCUUCUUCUGUUCGAUCCAGUCAAUAUAGCCCUUACUCCCGAAACUUGACUGGGAAUACGGAGAAAAGUAAAAAACUUUCAUUGGAUGGAAUUUGCAUCAGAAUCGGCGAUAUUCGAUUAUCUGAAUGACAAAAUGGAUAAUAACUACCUCACAUUUUUUGUUUCGUUUGUGGCCAUUCAAUUCGUAAUUAUCGCUGCUCUUCACCUAAUAUUCAUCGGGAUUCUUAUAAAAUGUUAUCCAGAAGACAAAAAGGUAAGAAUAGUUUCACUACCAGUUGGUCUGGCAGUUCAAUUUAGUUGGUAUCUUUGAAUUUUGUGAAAACUUGCCCAAAACUUUUCUGAAAAUCUAGAAUAAGAUUCCGCAUAGUCGCUAAUCGCGUGAGAUUUUAGCUUUGAAAAUAGGAAAUUUCAAAGUUCGCUGUUAACAAAAGAACCAGGCUGGAAAACCCAUAUUGCACAAAUUUGAAGCUCACGUCUCAAAAAACGAAAGGAAUCUUGACCUAGACCUUCAUUGUGAAACAACGAUAUUAGAAAAACUAUUGGUGAGAAAAAAAGAUUUUUUUCAAUUUUUCAGUUCGACUACUAUUCCGCUAUACUAUGUAUGGAACUCGUGAGCCUUCUUGGCUUCGCAGGGUUUUUUAUAGUGAUGCAUGGAAUUUAUAUGCACUACUUUUUGAACUGGUUUUAUUUUCUCUGUUUUUUCUUUUCCUUGCUCAGCCCACACACUCUGGUAUUUAUCGACGCCGUUUUAUGCCUUCAUCGAGUUUUCACUUUUUACGAGAUCGGGGAAGGAUUCCGAAAAAAACUAAAAUGGUAAGAUUUGAGGAAUGAUGAACCAAAAUCUAAGAAAAAAAAAUACCCACUCGUUUUGCCCACAUCGAAAAAAUUAGAUCGAAAGUUUUUAUGAUAACAAAAGGUUUUGGAAAAUUACUGAUAUAGACGGCAAGACAUGACAGACACAGACUUGGAGUUUGUAGAAAUUUAUUUUAACUCGUCUCAAAUUUCCAUCAGAGCCAGUUUUCAGUUUUUUGGUACUUGCAAUUUUUUCAUCGGUGCCUUUCGCGAUAGUACUAAUAGUUUACAUGGGCUUGUACAUAUCUUUCCGUAUUUUUCCAACUUCGACCGUGAACGAAAUGAUUGACUCCAUCCUUCAGUCAUAUAUUGUGAGUUUGUCUUUGAAAAAUAAAACUGAAUCUGAAUUUCCAGAUUUCUCUCACCGUAAAAAUGACACUGGUUGUGUUUACGAUUUGUGGUUAUCUACUUAUUUUGUGUAGUAUAAAGAAGCAAAUGGCUAAUUCCACAGUCGCUACUCCUCGGAGCCAUAAAACAAUAGUUCUGCAAGCUCUUCCAAUCUCGAUUUAUUCAUUAGUUAGUUUGGAAACCCCCAAAUCUGAUACACAAUUUAAAACUAAAGAUUGCGUCGUUCGACAGGUUCUUCUUUUUCUUGAACUUCGAAAAUAUGCACCUACUUAUAUUUGGCUCGAUCUUGUUCCUUGCGAGCAUAUUCGCUUCAGGUUCAGUUAUAAAAAAGCGAACAAAGUAAUAAAUAUCAAUUUCCAGGUUAUGUAGUACCCAUAUCAUUUAUUAUCGGAAAUUCGCAGAAGCGUAAGAUGUUUUUGUACAUAAUACGAUUGGAGUUUUUUAAAAAACUCAAUAAAGAGCGAAGAUUAACGUUGUCUGCGAUUGUACCAUUUCACGUGUAAAUAAAAUAAUUCAUCGUUUGAUAUCCUUCUUCGAAUUUCUGUUGAUUUUUUAUUGUUCAAUCAAGUCUUUUUUUUCUGUCGUGGAAAUAACGGAAUGAUAAUUGAUCAUUAUAAGCCCAGAAAAUACAGAAGACAGACUAAAAACAUAAAGACCAAGUAAAUAGCUUUGUUAUGAUAUAUAGAACCUUACUCACCCAUUUAAAGUUUUGAGCUUUGUCUGUGAAAAAAAAAAUGUCGAUAAAAAUGAAAUCAUGGCCUUCAUAUUAAAGCAACAAUGACAAAUUUCACUAUGAUUCAUAUUUCUUCUAGACUAACUCCUUGUAGGAUCCAAUUCUUCUAACGGCUGCCAUAAUUUCAGUUUUUUGCGUAUUUUGCGAAUUUUCUCAGACGGAAACAAAACGUCAAGUUUCUGAAGGUAUUUCUACUUUAAAAUAAAAAAUGCAGAAAGCCUGUGUUCACGGAUCACGUUUUCUAAGGAUACAGUGACUUAUAUAUUAGUCCUCGAAACCGCAAAAAAAUAGUUUAUUGUUUUUUUAAAAAAAUUGAAUUUGAAAUUAACGCAUGAAUCCUGCAAAAAUGCAAAAAUAGGAAAAAAAAGAAACCUGAGCACCAAAAACUACCGAAAACCCCAUCAUUAAUGAUCUAUUUGUUUUUAGCUUCUAGUAAUCGUUCGAAUUCAGGUUUUUUCGUGUUCAUUUUUUGCUGUUCCUCAUCUUUGGGCAUUGCUCUACCAAUUCAAUGAUGAAAAACAUUCAUUACUGCGUUUACAAUAAGUACAUAAAAAGCAGGUUAUCUCCGCAAAUUUUCAGUGGUACACUGCUCCGAACUUUUGAAAGGACCUAACAUUUAUAGUUACCUAUUUCGAAUAAAAUAAAGCCCCAAAUUUCAAAGAUCUUCUCUCAUCGUUUAAUUCUCUUCCUUCAGUUUAAAUCCGAUUUAAAAAGUUCCAAACUCUGAAACUUGUCAAAUACGGAGAAAUAACUGGAAAAAUAUUUCUUUUUGAAUGAGCCUUGCAUCAGAAUCGGCAAUUUAUGAUUAUUUGUACGACAAAGCAGAUCCUGGCUACCUAAAAUGUUUCCUUGCGCUUGUGGCCGCGCAGUUCGUUAUUCUUGCUGCUCUUCAUAUAAUAUUCAUCGGAAUUCUCAUAAAAUGUUAUCCAGAAGACAAAAAGGUAAGUCUCGAAAUGUGAUCAAAUUUGAAACGCCGCUGGCGAGUAGACCUUUCAAAUCGAUGUGAACCCGAAAAAUCGUUUCUUGUUCGGAGCAAGCAUAACACUUUUCAUCUUAACGGAGUCAAAGCUAAAAAAAAUUGAGAUAACAAAAAAAACUUUCAGUUCGAUUACUAUCCCGCUAUAAUAUGUAUGGAGUUCGUAAGUCUCAUCGGCGUUGCGGGAUUUUUUAUAAUGAUGCGUGGAAUUUAUACGCCUAGCACUUUGAACUUGUUUCACACUCUCUGCUUUUUCUUUUCCAUGGUCAGCCCUCACACUCUGGUAUUUAUCGACGCCGUUUUGUGUCUUCAUCGAGUUUUCACUUUUUACGAGAUCGGGGAAGGCUUCCGCAAGAAAUUGAAAUGGUAGGCUCUAUUUAAAUUAAGAGAUGGGACCUGACAGGACAGACAUUGAGUUCGUAGGAAAUCAUUGAUAUUAUUCUCUGUUUUUUUCAGCAUGAUUUUUGAAAUUUUCCAGGUUUUUGGCGCUUGCAAUUUUUUUAUCGAUACCUGUCGCAUUGUUUUUAAUAGUCUACAUGGGCUUAUACAUUUCUUUUCGAAUCACUCCAAAUCCGACCGUGAGCGGCAUUAUUGACUCUAUCAUUCAGCAGUAUUAUGUAAGUUUCAUUUUUCAAAUCGAUGACAGAAAUUCCCACCUAACGUUUUUCUUUUCAUUUCUAGUUUACUAAAUUCAAUAUAAUUCUCUGUAUUCAAGUCCAUUUGUCAAAAUCUCUGGUUUAGGUGAAAAUCGCACGUUUCUUUAAAAAAUUUGUUUAUUCUGAGAUUUAAGGUUGCUUAUACCGUGAAAAUGACACUGGUUGUGUUUACGAUUUGUGGUUAUCUACUCAUUUUGUUUAGUAUCAAGAAACAAAUGGCUGAUUCCACAGUAGCUACUUCUCGGAGUCAUAAAACAAUUGUUUUGCAAGCUCUUCCAAUCUCCAUUUACUCUUUUGUAAGUUCAAAACACCAAAAAAUAAAAAAAAGGUGCAAAACUGCAGUUUGCGUCGUUCGAUAGGUUUUUUUUCUUCCUAAACAUCGAUGGAUUGCAUCUACUUCUGUUGGGCUCCAACUUAUUUCUUGCAAGUAUUUUCGCGGCAGGUUCCGUUGAAACAAUAAUCCUCAAAUAAAUAUCAAUUUCCAGGUUAUGUGGUGCCUAUGUCGUUUAUCAUUGGCAACUCGCAAAAGCGUGAAAUAUUUCUGUACAUAAUACGGUUGGAGUAUUUCAAAAAUCUCAAAAAAGAGCGAAGAUUGACGUUGUCUGCAAUCGCACCAAUUAUUGUGUAAAAUUCUGGCCCAAUAAAGUGUUUUAUUGCCUUUUUUUUCAUUUUUUUUUCAUUUUUUUUUCUCAAUUAUUUUUUCAAAAGUCUGAUGUGUCCUAUAUCAUCAGUCACGUAGACGGAGGUUUAUUUUUGUCAGAACAAAAAAAACUUUAAAAACUCCAACCUUCUAUAUGUAAAUUUUAUCAAUCCUUUUAAAGCAGAACUGACAAAAAAAAAAUCAAAAUUCGUCUUUCACGAAUCUUCAUCCAUAAAUAAUUGGAAGAGCAAAUUCUAUGACAUUCAAAGCUCUGAAAAUCGGUCAAGGAAUUUUCUUUGCGCCUUGAUCAAUUGUUCUGAAAGAAUCAGAAUUAUAUAUUUAGUUUCUCUUCUGAAAAUUACCAUUCCUCUCAGCAGACCAUUAAAAAUUUUAAAAAGUAACUAAAUUGUUUUAUGUUUAAUUUUUUGUAUUUGUCGUGCAGAUUGCGGAAUGGCGAAUGAACAUUUGAAAAAAAUGACAUCGAACGUGUUUUUUAUUCAAGUUUCCGGCUUUCACUGAAGAUAACUACGUGAGAAAAGCGAGAUCGGUGGAUUACAUCGACGUCCUCGCAAAUCACGGCGUUUUUUUUAAAUACGCAAGUCAAGUCUUCUCGUAAAUUAUGAUGCUUAGGGGGUUACUGGUAAACUGGAUAAUGACUUGUGCCUAAUAGAAAAACGUCAAACGAAGUAUUAAUAAACUAAAAAGCCAAAAAAAUUUGUUUUUUUAAAUCAAGCUUUUCCGUAAAUCCUGAGAGAUCUUUGGAGGGUGGGCCUUGUAAUACAAUAACGAGUCCUGAACAGAUCAAAACUACAGUAGUCGUACGACUUACUGCGCCCGCCCCUGGUAAUUUUUUUUCUGCAUUUUCUUUCGCUGACAAGAACGCCGCGAAACACUAUUUGGACGCCGCGCCGGACUCGCAUUUUUUCCUGGCGCGACAUCGUAUUUCUCUUGCUUUUCUGAAGCAUUAAAAAAAAUGAAGUUUCCAAAAUACGACUUCGUACCGAGAAAAAUGCGAGAUAGCGACAGGGCAAUUUCAAAACCGCCGCGGCUACAAAGCAGCCCUCCUGUGAAGUCGUCAAUCUACCGCCAGCGGCAUCGCUCGGCAGUUAAUCUUUGUGAGAAAUUUUUUUCAAAAAUUUCAAACAUCAAAAAUUAUCGAAACCCUAUUAUUUAAGAUUUAUCUGAUUUUGAGCUUCUGGUAAUCGUUCAAUUUUAAGUUUUUUUUUCCUUAUUUAUUUUCACUCAUCUUUGGGCAUUGCUCUAUCACUUCUUGAAAAACAAUCAUUAUAGCCCUAAGCUUUUAGCGCUAUAUAUAUACGUAUGUAUGUAUAUAUAUUGAAAACGUCUUCACUUGCGAGUAAAUUCCGUCAACUACCCAUUCUACACUGUUUUAAUAGCCCGAAACUCAAAAAUUCGGCUCGAAACGACAGAAGAAAGAGCUGAAAAUAUUUUUCUAUCAAGAUGGAACCUGAUUUAAAACCGGUAGUACACGAUUUUGUGAGCCACAGGGUACAUCCUGGUGACUCAACAAUUUUUGAUGCAUUUGUUUUUUCUCAACUUGUAACUAUCGCCGCUGUUCACGUAAUCUGCAUCGGGAUACUUAUAAAAUGUUAUCCAGAAGACAAAAAGGUAAGAAUAGUUUCAAUAGAAUAUAUUCUUUUUGACUCACUAAGCCAUGCUUUUUUUGAUAGUAUAUAUAGAGAUUCCGACCGUGAUAACUGAUAGAAAAAAACAUUAGCAACGAAUCAGGUUAGGUUGAGUUUUUUUCAGUUACAACUUUGAUCAAAGUGACCGAAAAAAAUUCAUCGCGAAAAUCCACAUCUCCAAAAAAAACUUUUCAACAACUUUUUGAUAUAAAUAUUCGAGAAAAAUUCGUUUUAGUUUCGAUUACUAUGCCGCUAUAAUAUAUAUGGAGCUGGUAAGUCUACUCGGCUUCGUGGGAUUUUCCGGAGCUAUUUAUAAGAUGUAUAUGUAUUCCGAAAUAAACGGGUUCGGUUUCCCUUGUUUCGCUAUUUCUAUAAUCAGUCCUCACACAUUAGUAUUUAUCGAUGCCGUUCUAUGUCUUCAUCGAAUUUUCAGCUUUUUCGAAAUCUGCAAAGGCUUUCGCAAUAAAUUGAAAUGGUGAGUGUUCACAAUAAUAAUGUUCUCCAUUUCUACUGUGCAAAAACACAAAUUUCGUUUCGCCUUAAAAAGUUUUUUUAUAGCAAAAAAAUAAAAAAAUGAAAAGUCACACUAGAGUAAACUAGAGGUUUUUUCUGCGUUAUUGCCCUCACACAUUUCUAGACUUUAGUUUUUUCUCGAAAAGUUCCAAACCAUUUUUCAGGAUUUUGGCUUUUGCAACCUUUUUAUCGAUACCUGUUGCAAUGAUGCUGAUAAUUUACAUGGGCUUGUACAUCGCUGAUAAAAUUGUUCCAUCUAUGGCUUUCAACACCACGAGUGAAGAUAUGAUUCAGCCGUAUUAUGUGAGUUUUUUCUCAGCUCGAAGAUUAGUUCAUGAAAUGAAAUAGUAAAACCAUUUUACAAAACUUGAUACCAGAAUUCAUGCUUUUGAGUUUUUAAAACCGUACUACAAGUUGAAAACUUUUUUUAUUCUACGCUUCCAGGUUGCCUAUACCUUUAAAAUGACACUCGUCGUGUUCACAAUCUGUGGUUAUCUGUUCAUUUUGUGGAACAUCAAGAAGGAAACUUCUAAUUCUUCAGUUUCAACUGCUCGCAGUCACAAAAAAAUUGUUCUGCAGGCUCUUCCGAUAUCGAUUUACUCUUUUGUAAGUUCAAAAAGCCAAAAAAUAGAAAAUGGGGCAAAAAUGCAGAUUUCUUCGUUCGACAGGUUUUUUUUCUUCCUAAACUACGAGAAUACGCCACUACUCUUAUGGGGUUCAAUAUUAUUUCUUUCGAGCAUGCUCAUGUCAGGUUAUAUUAAAAAAGUUUCUCCAAAAUAAACUUCGAGUUUCAGGUUAUGUAGUACCCAUGUCGUUUAUCAUUGGCAAUUCGCAAAAACGUAAAAUUUUUUUGUACAUAAUCCGUUUGGAGUUUUUGCAGAAGUUCAAAAAAGAGCGGAGGUUAACGUUUUCUGCGAUCGUACCAUUCGUAGUUGUGACACAAUAA